CGACACAGGACAACAACUUCUGUGAUUCUGUAACUCAGUGUGUGCAUGUGUGCCGGCAACAUUCUCUCUCAAAAGAAAGAGGCAUGUUCCCAAGUAUCCCAGCUUGCUUUCCAGCUCCUAUUGUUCCCUUUGUUCUGUAUUAUUUAAGAUCAGUUACUCAUUUGCUUCAGAGGAUUGGGAAUAGCAGGCAAGGUAGAGCAGAGCUGCCAGCAUCUAUUGUCUUCCUGGGAGCCACAGUUUGCAUCCAGAGUGGCUGGAGCAGCCUCCCUCCUGCUUCUGUUUGCUUCUGUUCAAGGGUUUGGUAGCUCCAGCGAAAAGUACUAGAGAAUUUGAAACUUUUUUGAUUGUAAUUGCCAAGAUCAGACUGGAAAUGCCCUUUAUUUGUAGGGCUGUGUGGCAGGGAAUUGCUUUCCUUUCUCGUUCAUAUGAAAUACGUGUUAGUUUGGCCUCAUCUCCUCUGCGUCAGUGUGUUUGUGCUUCUUCCAGUCUUAUAUCUCAGACUGCCUUCCCUUUUUACUUCCUUCAUAAAUGUUAUUUUAAUUAUUCCUUUUUGUCUGGGAUACAACACAUGUCAUUUCUCAGCUGGUAUUCACUCAAUACAAGUGAUUUUAACUGUUUUUUAGGAUUGGCAACAAAACUUGAAGUUCCUGUGCCAGGAAAGUGACUAUUUGGUAUUACCUGUUUUCAGUGUUUGUUUUUUGGACUAGACCUACAGUAAAUAUCUUUAUGCUACCGCUGCUGCCAAAUUCAGUCUUUGCUUUCUACACUUGUGCUGUACCUGCUCACUGGUCUUUGGCUGGUUUCAAGUGUGUUUUACUUACCUCAUGAUUCUUGGAAAGCAGACCUGAUCAUCAGUGACCCCGAAUGCUGCAGUUCUCAGUCAGGAGGAGUUUUGCCUCAGGAGGAGCUGCUGAAUUUGUGCCGUGUGUGAAACCAAACUGUGCCUUUGCAAAAGUGUGUCGUGUCUUAACAGUGUGGUGCAAAUGCACUGGAAGCUCUGGAAAAGCAGUAAAAGCUCUGGAAAGGCAGUGAAAGUACUUGGCCUUUCCAGAAGACCCUUCCAAGGACUUGUGCCAGUGCCCACCAGAGGGUAGGAGUGCCCAGGGGAUGAGGGGGAAGGAAUAUGACAGUGGUGAGAAACACGCAAUUUUAAAUUAAAAUGACUGCACUUAGGAGGAAACCCCAUCCAGCUCUAAUCUGUUUGUAAGGUGACUGACACAUAAAGUGCUUUUUGUUUUAAGGUAGAGGGAAAUGCAUUCAGGAUAGAGUUUCUGGUAUAAAUGUCAGGUGCAACACAGUGCAUGCUCACUCAAAAAGUCAAGCAGAUAACCUUGGCAUUUAGGGACAUUGCCUUGUAUAAAACGAAAUUGUAUUUUGUUUUUAAAAAGGAGGACUACAUUAAGAGGUCACCUAUUAGCUGUGUUUUUGCUAGCUGUCUGAAACUCAGCUCUACUGUCUAUUAAACUCAAACCACUAUGUAAACAUUCCUAUGUUGUUCCUGGUCUCUACAAUGGCCAAGGGGAUCAGGUUUCACCUGCCUGCACAUCUUCAAGCAAUUAAAGCAAUUAGCUUGAAGCCAUUUCACAUUCAAGGUCUACUGUGACAUUCAAGUCCAGAAGAAGUCUAGGGGAAAAGGAAAAAGAAAAGUAUAAAAGGCCGCUGUGCAGCACAUGCACACAAAUAACCUAUGAGGGGGUUUUGGACUUUGCAACAACUUCCAAAUGUGGUCAGGAGGCUUCACAGCAGGCAGGCAAAAUUGCUGCUGAGAAAGGGAAAAGAUAAAGAAAAAACACCUAAUGAUCCUUUAAAUUAUACCCAAGUUUUGCGCUGGGAAGGGAGGGGGAGGAGAGAGAAAUAGCAACAUGAUUUGGAACAGUAUUUGUGUGAAAUAAUAAAGCCUUGGCCUUAUUUACUGAUAUUUCUCCUGGCAUGGACAUCAUAUUUUUCUUCUCAUUUAGGUGGGGAUUUAUAUUUGGUGUUUACAUUGUAAAACUACACUCGCUCUGGCUAAUGUAUCCCUUACAAUGACAUUCAGCUCUGAGUUUAGUGAUUCCAGCAGUAAGUCUUGAAAGCUGCUAUUUUUUAAAAGGUUGGAGCAGAUUAGUGGUGACCUUAAAAGAUUAAACUAGUACAGUUUAAAGAUAAAUAAUCAGCCUUUAGCACAUUAGAUAGCUACAUAAGCAUGACAGAAGGUGACUUUCUUACAACAGUUUCAGAAUCCAGGCAGCAUUUUUACAUUUGAAACUUGACUAAGGCAGGGAGCAGUGGUUUGCAGAAAGCGAGACAUAAACUGAUUGCACUACUUCAAAUUGGUUAAUACAGUUUUAAAUCCACAGUUUUCCUGUUGGUUUUAUUAUUGAGAAGAGGCUAAUUUUAAAAGCUAUGCCUGCUGCAAAAGAAGAUCUUGCUUUGCCGUCCCGGAGGGUGUUCUUAAUCAGAAAUAACCGCAGGCUAAAUUAUAAUGUGGAAUCCUGCUGCCCUUUAACCUAACACUGCUGCUCGUUCAGUGUUUGUUAACAAAUAGCUCUAAGUACAAAAUUGUUUGAGAAUUACUUUUUCAUUAUAUUUGCUGACUUCAAUUAGAAUAAGAAGCUUAUUUGGGGAAGAAAAAUUAAAAAUGUAUGGGUUUCUAGAGAAAGUUUCAGCAAUUGUUUCCCGGCAAGUGUCGCCUUCGGAACAUAACUGUGGACUCUGUGGCACACGUAAUUCAAUUUAAAUAAAAUUACUUUCUGAACGAAUAUUUCUGCACCGGUGGCAGAGGCGCAGAGUUCAGGAGCAUCCCAAGCCUCAGCCCUUGUAAAGAUGAACAAGCUAAAAUGGUGGCAGGGGUCAGGCCAGGGCCCCUUUUGCACCUUGCAGGGGGAUGUAAUUCCUAACGAAGAGGCACCAAUUUCCCAUCCUUGUAGUGUUGGGGAGGACUGGGCUGUAUAUGCAAGUGGUACAGUGUCCUAUUUUUAUUUCACUUUGAAUAACACGUAAUUGAAACGUACAGACAGCAAAUUAAUUGGUGAGUUGAAGGUAAGAACUGCUGAGUUAGUAGAGACAGCACCAGCCCUGUUCUUUUUUUCCCCUUAAGUUUACAUGCUGGAGCGGAAACGCCGCGGUGCUCAGAAAGGAGGUGAUGCCUCUGUAAAGCAGAUCUUUCCAAUUUUAUUUUUUUUCUAGCUUAGUCUUCUGUUUCUAUGAUCUGCCUUUUGAACUGUUUUUGUGGCUGAUCAGUUCCACCUAAUAUGUCUCUUGAUUUCUGCUAUUGUAAUACUCAGACGACAUGCUGUUCUCUUCAUUUUUAUAAGCUUUAGAUGCUCCUGCCUGUCAUACUCUGGCGGUUUAUCUUCAGCGUCUGGAUUUGCUUUCAGACUUGCAUGUCUAUCAAGCUGCUGUUGCUUUGAAUGUGAGAUCAAAAGAAGAUGAAUUCCAGUAAAAAAUUUCCUUGUAUGAAGAAAAGAUUGGGGGCCUAUGUAAACAUCCCACUGACAGCUCCCAAUGAGUUAUUUUAGCAGAGCAUUAGCACCCAGAAUGACAGACAGUCCAAGACUACAUGCUAAAUAACAAAUCAGUCCCUUCAGUGGCAGCAGCACGUUGCCACAACAGCAAUACAUUUUCUAAAGGAAUCCUGUUCCUCUUUUUUAUUGAAUAUGGCUGUUCGACUGCUCAUCUCUUCACGAGCUGCCUUUGAGUGCCAGCCCCAGUUUACUUUCUCUUGACAAUAUCUGUGUCAUGUCACCAAUAUGACAGCAGACGGGGCUUUGAUAAUUGGGUGGGGAGACGGUUAGUUAGUCAUCUCCAGUUAAAUAGGUAGUUUGUUUUAGGGGAGGGGAAGGAGACAGUGAAGGAGGGGUGGCAUCUGCCGGAAUGCUGAAGUUACACUUUCGGAGAUGCUGAAUGCAAGUCCCUGCACCCAAGACAAGCUGUGUUUUUUGGGCGGUUGUUUAUAUUUCAGCUCACACAGAGAAAACAGCUCUGCAGCCCGGCCAGCCUCCCAAGCUGGUUUCCAGAGCAAGUCACAGCACUGUCGAGGGUAGGAGCGUCAAGCUUGGCUGGACUUCCGUGCAAAUCCAAAUUUGCCGAGAUACAGAAGCGAGGUGUGCUUCUGCCUGCUGUUUGGUCUGUUUGGGGACGUAAUUAGUUCUGCCUGUUUCUGCUCACAGAUAGUGGGGUUUAAUUGUGUAGAGUCACUAGAUUUUUGUGCCGGGUGUAGUGCUAAGCCCAACUUUGAGAUUACCUGUGAGCUGCAGCUGAUCUCACCACUUUGCAAGGGAAGAAUUAGGGAAGGAAUGCUUUGCGGUUUCUUUGUCAUUUAGUAAAAGCAGAGGUUGCUACUGUGGAGGCAGAGCCCGGUGGCUGCCGCGAAGGGCAGUGCUCCAGCGUCUCCCUCCAGCCUGUGCUCCGGCUGCACGGCACUUCCUGUUUAUUCAAACAUCUUUUUACCAUUCUUCAGCCCCCGCUUCACAGAAACAGCCAGAAACAUCUCCAGCGCGAAGACGGAAAUCUAAAGGCAGACAGCUCUCCAGGUGGCACGACAGCUUCUCCUGCAACAGCAGCAGCAGCAGCAACAGCAGCAGCAGCAGCAGCAACAAGUUAGUGGAUUAAAGUCUCCGAAGAGGAAUGACAAACAGCCAGCCCUUCAGGUUCCAGUGUCGGUGGCUAUGAUGACACCUCAAGUGAUCACUCCCCAGCAAAUGCAGCAGAUCCUCCAGCAACAAGUGCUAACUCCCCAGCAACUCCAAGUCCUGCUCCAACAGCAGCAGGCACUCAUGCUUCAACAGCAGCAGCUUCAAGAGUUUUAUAAGAAACAACAGGAACAGUUGCAGCUUCAACUUUUACAGCAACAACAUGCUGGAAAACAGCCUAAAGAGCCCCAGCAGCAGCAAGUGGCCACGCAGCAGUUGGCCUUUCAGCAGCAGCUCUUACAGAUGCAGCAGUUGCAGCAGCAGCACCUCCUGUCUCUGCAGCGUCAGGGGCUGCUGACGAUCCAGCCCGGGCAGCCGACUCUGCCUUUGCAGCCCCUUGCACAAGGCAUGAUUCCAACAGAGCUGCAGCAGCUCUGGAAGGAAGUGACAAGCUCGCACACAGCGGAGGAGGCAGCCAGCAACAACCACAGCAGCCUGGACCUGUCCACCACCUGCGUCUCCUCCUCCGCGCCCUCCAAGACCUCCUUAAUCAUCAACCCACACGCCUCAACUAAUGGACAGCUAUCAGUCCACACUCCUAAACGGGAGAGUUUAUCCCACGAGGAGCACUCACACAGCCACCCGCUGUACGGACACGGCGUAUGCAAAUGGCCGGGCUGUGAAGCAGUAUGUGAAGACUUCCAGUCGUUCCUAAAACAUCUCAACAGUGAGCAUGCGCUGGAUGAUAGAAGUACAGCCCAAUGUAGAGUACAAAUGCAGGUUGUACAGCAGUUAGAGCUACAGCUUGCAAAAGAUAAAGAGCGCCUGCAAGCCAUGAUGACACACCUGCAUGUGAAGUCAACUGAACCAAAAGCCACCCCUCAGCCCCUGAAUCUGGUCUCGAGCGUCACGCUUUCCAAGACCGCGUCCGAGGCGUCUCCGCAGAGUUUACCUCAUACUCCCACCACCCCGACUGCGCCCAUCACUCCCGUCACGCAGGGACCGUCGGUCAUCACUACCACGAGCAUGCACAACGUCGGACCCAUCCGGAGGCGGUACUCGGACAAGUACAACGUCCCCAUCUCUUCAGCAGAUAUUGCCCAGAACCAAGAAUUUUAUAAGAACGCAGAAGUUAGACCACCAUUCACGUAUGCAUCUUUAAUUAGACAGGCCAUCCUGGAAUCUCCUGAAAAACAGCUAACACUAAACGAAAUCUACAACUGGUUCACGCGAAUGUUCGCCUACUUCCGACGCAACGCGGCGACGUGGAAGAAUGCAGUGCGUCAUAAUCUUAGUCUUCACAAGUGUUUUGUGCGAGUAGAAAACGUUAAAGGGGCAGUAUGGACAGUGGAUGAACUAGAGUUCCAAAAACGAAGGCCACAAAAGAUCAGUGGUAACCCUUCUCUUAUUAAAAACAUACAGACCAGCCACACCUACUGCACACCUCUCAAUGCUGCUUUACAGGGAGAAGAAGCAGCUCUCUCCCCCCUCUGUCUGUGGAAGGCUUCAAUGGCUGAGAACAGUAUACCUCUAUACACUACUGCUUCCAUGGGAAAUCCCACUCUGGGCAAUUUAGCCAGUGCGAUGAGGGAAGAGCUCAAUGGUGCAAUGGAGCAUACGAACAGUAACGGGAGUGACAGCAGUCCAGGACGUUCCCCUAUGCAAGCAAUGCACCCUGUGCAUGUCAAAGAAGAACCAUUAGACCCAGAUGAAAAUGAAGGCCCACUAUCCUUAGUGACAACAGCCAACCACAGUCCAGAUUUUGACCACGACAGAGAUUAUGAAGAUGAACCUGUAAAUGAGGACAUAGAAUGAGUAUGUCUGACAUCGUUAUCCUGAGAAUGAAGAUUGGAAGAACACGUCAAACUUAGCUGUGAAAUCUCUCCAUUAUUGUACAGUCUGGAGGAUUCUCAGUCCACUUUGACAACUAUGAAAUAUGUUAACUCUUAGUGCCAUCAAGUAUCCCAUUUGGGAGUAUUUUUGAUUUUUCUACUUUUUGUUGAAAAAAGGAAUUUGUACUCUGUGCAUUGGAUGGACUUGUUUGGUACUUGGGAUUUUCCUCUCUUACAGUCAACAUCAGUGUUGUAAAUUUGCUAAACUGAUUCACUUGCAUUUAGCAGCCAGCUGUGGACUGCAGGUCCUGCCAAUUUUGGACACUUGAGGACAUCAAACUGAGCAUGUACACCUGAACUGCAGAUCAAGUCUUUGCCCAGAUUUUAAGGAUUCCAAUGGACAACAUAUUUGCACAGUACUGCAUGUUGAUUAUCACUGCCUUUACUCCAUUUUUUUUUUUUGUUUCGUUGGUUGGUUUCUUUUUUUUUUUUUUUUUUUGCUUCCAUUUGGGAUGGGGAAGGCCUGUGUGUGCACGUGUGUGGGUAUGUGUGCGUGCGUGUGAGCGUGUAUAUCGGGGAGGGGUUCAAAGAAAAAAUUAUCCCAAACUUUUUAAUGUAUUGCUUUUAUUCCCCCGCCCCACUUCUCCUCUACCAUUUUAAGUUCUGACCUCAGGCCUCAUCUGGGCCCAGGGCCUCUCGGAGGCUUCAACGUUUUCUGUACUUUGUGAUGAAUGUUAAUAGGUGUUUUUAUUAUACGAAGCUGAAUGUCAUUGAAUUGUUUGUAGUUUUUUCUGUCAUUCAUUCCAAUUUCCUUCAGAUGCCACCAUGUUUUCUUUAGCUAUGGAAAACAUUCCAUUUCGGUGUCUCCUUUUUUUGUUGUUGUUGUUUUUUGAAAAGGUCCCAAAUGCUGCACGAUACAUGUGGAAGGGUUGUCCAACGGAGAGAGAGGAACAAAGUACUGCAAGAAUGAGAAUGAAUGACAGAUGAACAUAGAAACACUGUAGGAAGCAACACAGAUUCAUUCCACAAAGCAGUAUUUUUAAUAUAUUCUUGUUUUGUUUAGGUUUUUUGAUUUUUUUGGAUUUUUUUUUUUUUUUGGCAGCAACGGUGAAUAUUAGCAAAUGCCACAAAAUUGAACAGCACAAAGAAACAUAUGCAGCACCAACAGAGUUCACUUUUAGUAGAGAAUGAAUAGUACAGUGGCAGGUUCUCGGUUGUUUAACACGAGUUCUAAUGGGUCAACAAAUCUUUCUGCAACAUCUAAGAUUACCGAGAUGGGCACCUAAACAUUUAUUAUUACAACUUUAUUUUUUUUUCUAUUGUUUUUUUACAUUUGCAUUUGCAAAUAGAGGUUGGAAAGAUGACUUCAUUAAAUUGUUACUGUACAUGGUGAUGUUUCACGGUUAAACAUCAGUUCAGGAUUGCUCGGUGGCGUUAAUCUGUUUGAAUACAAAUUAGAUUUCAGAUUGAACUUGUUACGGGAGUUAAUAAGGACGGGGCCCCACUAAUGCUAAAGUGUUAAUUUUCAGCUGUGCAAAUCCAGUACUGCAGUUAGGAUUGUUAUGCAAUAUUACACCAGCCAGUAUGGAAACCUCGCCGGAGGAGUCGGGAGAGUUGGGAGAGAAUUGGCGCCAGGGCUUGUUAGGCAAAACUGGCAAAGCUCUGCAAAGCAAACACGACAUACAAAAUCUGUUGCCAUAGGUCAGUAAACCUCAGUCACCAAACACCUAAACAUUUUCAUUCUGCAACCACUUUUCCGUCACUCAUUUAUUUAUGUAGGACUGUAGCUUUUUUUUAUUAUUUCGAAAAGCCUUUCAGAGCUUAAUUUAUAUUCUUCUUUGUACCUUUUUUUUUUCCUAAAAUUACCAAAGAUAUUACACAAAGGUAAAUUAUGUUCUCUGUUAUAUGCUUUAUCUUAUGAAGCCAAAUAUCCUCUUAUUGUUGAUCAAAGGAGGUUGAAGAAUUUAGAGGGAAAUGACAAGAUGUGGGCUAUUGCUAACCUGAGAGGGAAACUGCUCCUUUAUUCUAGAAAAUUUAGAAGGCCAAGUAGAUGUCUGAACCAAAGUUGUUACUUUUUAUUUGCAAUUCUUUACAGUGACCAAAAUGAAAGUCUGUAAAGAGAAAUCGAGGAGAGCUUUUGAGGUUAAAACUAGGAAUCAGUGUUACUGGGGGAGCUAUGAGAAGGGAGCUGAAGAAAGCAAAGACACAAUUAUUUCGUGGAAAAUUACGGUAUCAGAUAAAGGAGACAGUUUAAUAAAACACAGAAGAGAACAGAAAAGCUCCCACAAUUUAACUGGAUGAUAUAAUGGUAUUUCUAGAAUAAAAAGGAAAAAAAAUUUUUUGGUCUUUGGUUCUACAGAUUGUGUGCCACUUCUGUUCCGGGACUGUGCUGGGAUGUCUGCUUUAAUUUUGGUUGAUCUUGGCACAUUUACUCAGUUUUGUUUAGUUUUUGGUCAGCAUUUUUCAUAAGGAAAUAACACUCCUGUCCACUCAUAAGCUUUGGUACAAAAAAUUUUAUCGGCAGUUACUUUUCUAAAACUCUGCUUUCUGUUUCAAAACGACAAGGAAAAAAAAAAAGAAAAAAAAGGGCAGUCUGUGGUCAUUUGGAAACAUUGUCUUUAAUUUUUUUUUUUAAUUUUUUUUCUAGUUUUGGUUUAAAUUAUAUCCAGGCAGCUUCGUGACGUGCCGGCGGUAGCCAGACAGGGAUCAUGAGAAUUGAGCCCUGUGCUUCAAAACUGAGUGGUUUGCUGGUUAGUUCGGUAUUCAGAAGGGGGAUAAAAAUCUGGUAGAUUAGUUCAUUCUCAGCAUGUGUAGCUAGACAUGAGUAAAGAUAACAGCAUGAGAAAACUGUUAGUACGCAUACCUCAGUCCAAACUGUUAGGGAAUGAGUAAAUAAAAAAUACAUUUCACUCAGUUGCACUUAGUUGUAUGUCUUGCAUGCUUAGUCUAAAGACUGUAGCAAAAAUAAAAAAAAUUAAAAAAAGAGAAAAAGAAACAAAAAAUUAGAGUUUAACAUAUCUGGCAGGUGUUGCAGCCUUGCAGAAGAACCAACUGAAAAUCUCAGGCUUUACAUCAAGCAAACUUCACUAUGAUUUUUACAAUUCUGAUUCUGUAUCCCUUUGGAUAUACAGUUGCUUCUUUAGGGAGGGGUUUAUUAUGUUGUACAUAUAUAUCCCACUGUGUCUGUGUGAGCCUUUGUCUUUUGGGGGGAGGGUGGGGAGGGAGGAAAAGGUGGAAAGGUCCUUUUUUUAGAUAUCAUUCCUCAAAAGGAAUAAAUGCAGACCUGUUUGUCAAAACACCUUUUGCUUUUUGUGCAACUGCUUUAUAUUAACUAUACUAAAAAAUAGCUUUGAAAAAAAAAAACUACUGUAUGUAAUGGAAUUGCAGAAUACGCUGCACAUGUAUUUUAUUUAGUUAUCCUUGCUUUAAGAAUAUUGGAUGACAUUUGCUGACAUGUGGGAGAAAAUCCCUGACUUUUUUUUUCAGCUUUUAAAUUGUAACAUAGUUGACAGAUUUUUUUUUUCUCCUGUUAUCAUUGAUCGAAGCAUUUUUGUACAGUUUUUGUGUUUAAGCUGGUUUUUUUGAUACUUUCCCACCCCUUCUGUUAUCUUACCACUGCCUUUUCUGGCUGUCUUAAACAAAGUUCAUAUAUUUGAAAGGAAAAAAAAAUCGUUUAAAAAAAAAAAAUGUUUUUCUCCUGCUGCAGUAAAUAUUUUGCAUGAUGAAUUCCAGGGUCACACUUUCAAAGUUUAUCAGUGAAGUAGUGAUUAAUAAUGGGGAGUGUCAAACUAUUGAACUUUUUGUAUAAAAAAACAAAAAAAAUACUUUACAAGGUGCCAAGAUGUAAAGACAAUUUGUUACAUGUUUUUUUUCUCAAAGAAAAGCGUACAUUAUGAAAGUAGUACCAUGUAUCAGGUAAAUCGCUGUCAGGAAUGAGAGUCAAAGCCUUCCUUGUCCACAAAAAAAAAAAAAAGUUUGUAAAUGUAAAACCUGUUAGGUUUCUGCAUUCAACUAGAAGUGAAAUGAAAAAAACAAAAAAAAAAAAACAAAA